UGCUUCAGUUGCGCGCUUGCCGUUGUCGCGAGUACACAAUAAGAAGAGAAAGAAGGUAGUUUUCGAUAAUUUUAUCGCAUAACCGUAUUAGUUGCAGUAUUCACAUUUCUUUUUCUUUCUCUCUGUCUAUCUCUCUCUCUCUCUCUCUCUCUUUCGAAUUUUCAUUAUCGAGCGAAAACAACGAGAAGAAAUUCUUCGUGAACAAUUUACGUUCGUCUCGUCGCGUUCCAAUAUUAUAGUGUGAAGCUGGAUGACCAUCGUUGUCGAACGUUACUUGAAAGAGUGGUGAACGAUGAGCCAAGCAGAUCAGGACAAAGAUAAAAGUAUGGACAAAAAGGAAAUCGCGGAGGAGGAGAGGGAAAAGAUGCUGAACGCCGAGAACACAAAACAUACCGGUGCUGCACCUGCACCUGAUUUAGAAUCCGAGGAGAAUAAACCGAAGAAGAAGAUACCAAUCGGCGGUAUCAAAAUGCCAGGAUUUUGUCGUACCAAGAGUAAGGAACCUUGCAAGGAUGAUGAAACCAAACCCACCGAAUCGACGGAUACAGAAACCACAGCUGUUAUGACAAAGGAAAACGAACAAAAUGCGCCUCCUGCUCCUGAGAAACCAACAACACCGGCAAAGGACUCGAAGGAGAAAGAAGGACGAAAGGGCAUUCUAAAUGCCAUUAGAUUACCGCUGGUUUCCGUAUUUCCUAGAAAGAAGAAUAAGGACGGAGAUGCUGAAUUAGGAACGACUGGUGCCGCUGGUUUAGCUAGUAUUGAAACUCUUGAUGACGGUGGGACAGAAAAAAAUCCUAUCGCUAAUGAGGAUGGCAUGGAAACGGUACGUUUGGACAGCGACGCCGCUGAUGGAGCAGAACCUCCAAAACGUCAUUUCUUUGUAGUCUGCGUGAGUGCUGCAAGGCGAAAUUUAUUUGCGUUGGCUGCUGUAUUGUGUAUUCUACUGUCGGUGAUUAUUAUCAUAUGCGUCGCUUGUGCUGGACCAAGAAGAAAUACCAAUCUAUCUCACAAGAGCGACAAGUACAUUGAAGCGGUGACAUCAUGUGGACCCAUACAAGGUGUCUUAGAAGACGGUGCAUAUGCUUUUCGUGGGAUACCAUACGCUGUGCCACCGGUUGAUAAUCGUCGAUGGCAAACCGCUGAACCACUCAGUAGACUCGAACACUGUUGGAACGGAACUUACCUGGCUCACAAUGCCUCGGAGAUGUGCUGGCAACGUGAAACUUCCGGUAGAAUCGACGGGGUCGAGGAUUGUCUUUAUCUCGAUGUAUUUACGCCAGACGUACGAUACGAUUCACCGUUACCGGUAGUAGUCAUGAUCGGUGCAGAAACUUUGAGUGGCUCAUCGCCUGGUGUGAUGCAACCAUCGGCAAAACUCGCUCGUGUUCGUGACAUGAUCUUCGUGAGACCUAACUUUCGAUUGGGAAUUUUCGGAUUCUUAGCGACCGAACCACUUUCUCGAGCUACGCAUCCACCAACGUCCGGUAAUUACGGACUCUCGGACAUCAUAGCCGCCCUACAGUGGGUCCAAUUGAAUAUUCAGUAUUUCGGUGGCAACAAAACUUCCGUAACUCUUUGGGGUCACAGAGCUGGUGGUACUUUAGUCACGACACUCGUAGGAAUACGAAAAACUCGUGGUCUCUUUUCAAAAGUCUGGGUCUCCAGUGGUAGUGCGAUUUUCCCUCGUAAAGAUCUGAAAAAGUCUGAACAACAGAGCGAACAGUUUCUUAAUUCCAUUCGAUGCACGGAUGCGAAUUGCUUGCGUAACAAGGGUGCCGAAGAUCUGAUAGAUGCCGUACCGGAAACUUGGCAUAGUAGCUUUGUUGGGCUGCCGGAAACGAGAGAGACUUUGGCGAGGGAUCGAAUGCACGAGUGGCUUGUUCUAGAUGGUGCUAUCUUACAGGAACAUGUUGGUGAGAUUUGGGUGAGGGAUGAGUUGCCUAUUAAAAUCGUUAUGGGUACCACUGCCCACUCGGGAACUCCGGCACGAUAUCUUUCUUCGAAUGUUACUUUCAAUUCCACGCAAAUAGAGAAAAUCAUUCGUGAAUCUCUACUCGGUACUAGCGGAUUAGCGGAUGAAGCACUCAGACGAUACAACGCUACUCUUGAAGGUCUAGUCAGAAUGAUAUCAGACAUACGAGUGGUCUGUCCAUUGGUGACAGUUGCCAGCAUGAAAUCGAACGUUCCAUUCUAUGUAGCUACUCAGCCACGUGGAAACUUGGCAGAUCCUGAUAGUGACGCAGCAGCUAUACUCGGUACUUAUGCAGCAAGAACGUCGGAAGAAAAAAGGCAUGUAUCAGCGAUGCAACAGUUGUUCAAUCAUUAUGUGUGGCACGGAGAAGUGCCUCAAGCUGAUUCGUCAGGUGCGAAUAGAGUUCUGAUUGUUAGUCAGGAUAUUUUACCGCAACACGAUUAUCCAAAUUGCGACUUUUGGAUACAAAAGGAUAUCGUUCCCUUGUAUGGGCGAGUCGAUUAAAUUCCAUUGUUGUCCUGAUCUCUGUAUAAGGUCCCAUUUAUUUAAGAAUCUUCCUUGGAAACACGCGUUAUCCGUUCAAUUUCCACGAAUGAAAGAUUCUUUUCAUGAGGUUAUAUACUUUGGCAUUUAAAUAGAUGACUAAUUAACGUUCUAUGAGAUACGGAAUAUUACACAAAAAAUAAAAAAUAAAUAAAAAUAUCGUGCCUCAGUAACAUGACGAGCAACAGUACCUAUCAGGGCUGGCGAUUAAAUAAACCAAAACGGUGAAAUCAAAAAACAAUGAAAAAUAUAAAUGAGGACGACAUAAACGACUUAAAUGAUACAAUAUGAAGUAUGUAAUUUUAAUAUAAAAUGUGUGGAUCCAUAUGGCACGUGGAUUCUUAUGUACGUGUAUAAAUGUGAAUCAAAUUGUAAUAUAUUACGAGAAGACGGAAAAAGGAGAGUAACGAAACAAACAAAUCGCGCAUAGCUUAAGAACAAAAAAGAGUAAAUAUCUACAGUUCAUAAUUAUUAUACAUAUUCUAUAUUCUUGUAAGCUGUCCUCAAAUGGGUACGGAAAAGAUAGCAAGAAUUAUGAAAAAAUUCAUUAUUAUUAUUAUCAAAUAAUUCAUGUUCUACAGCCUAUUGGUACACAUGCACUUUACACUUCACCUUCCUUUUUUAUUUAAUUACAUCCCAUUUUUAAUAUUUCUCUUUGUACUCACACUCAGUUAAAAAGUCUCAAAAAUAUAAGUUUGAGAAUGUUGCUUGUUAUCAAUAGUCAGUCAACAUUUUCACACUUUUACAUAAAAACAAUGUUGCACAAUUGCACAAAAGUCUACUCCUAAAUAUAUUGCAAAAAAAAAAUACUGACUCAGCAAACACAAAAUAUUGUAGUGAUGCAAUAAGUAUAAGAAAGCAUUUGUCAUUGCAUUUCUAAAGAAAAAGUUACUAAUCUUAUUAUAAAUAUGUUAUAAUAAGUUUAUAACUGCUUUAUUGCUUGUAUAGUGUUUGCUAGUCAGUAUGAAUGUUAAUGCUUUGGGAAGUGUAGUACAUAUCCAUUUCAUAAAACUUAUUGGAUCGUUUCUACGGGCAUAUUUUUCAGGUAUAACUUUUUUACUCCACUUUUUGUAAGACAACUUUUUUAUUAUUAAUAUUGGUUUAGAAGUAAUGUAGUUAGGAAGCAACAUCCUUUCAAUAGGAUGCUUGUAGACUGACUUAAUAUACCUAUACAGUAUUUACAAACCCUUGUAAGGGAACUGAAGACUCUUUGUCUUAUUUAGACUGAAGCUGCCAAAUUUGAUAUUCUCUUAAUAAACAAUAAAAAUUUUCUGGAUACAUGUAUUUUCAAAUACCUUGAUCAUGUAUGGUUUUAUAUGCAUCUAUUUUUUAAAGUUGAGUAUAGUCACUAAUUUUAAAAAAGAUAAUAAAAUUAACUUGUUCAAUAAGUUUUCAGAAUUCCAGACAAGUUAUUAAAAUUUAUUAUGAACUUAAAAAUACUUUUUAUGGACUAUGAAAAUAAGUUGUUUAGUUAUAUUUAGUAAAUCAGUUUAUAGCUAUUUACAUAUAGUUAUUAAAAUUAAAUGCAAAUAGCAGUACAGCAAUUUUAAUACAUAAUGUUUUUAUCCAAUUAAUAUGUACAAUAAAUAUAUUUAUUUUACUUAUUAAGAGCCAACACGACUGAAAAUUUUUAUGGACCAUUUUUACCUCCUCAAUAAAAGAAAAGGUGGUCCAAUUAAGCUGUAAUUGAUGAAAAUUGUAGGUAACUAUUAGGUAUAAUGUCACAAAAUCUUUAAUACAUUUGUUGAUAUUUACAACAGUAGAGAAAGUAUUUAAACUUUUUGGUACAAUUCCAUAUUAAUUUUAUUCAUUUUUAGUAGUAUAUAUUUAUAAGUUAGAAUUCAUAUGUUUACUCUGCAGAAAAAAUACAACUGAAAACCUAAAAAGCGUUGUAAAUAUAUUUCAACAAUUAUUGCAGUAAGUGAUAUGCUUAUACAUCGACAGAAUGUUUUCGAUGAUCAUAUAAUUAUAAAUAUAUUUCUCAUAUGCUAGAAUCAUUAUUCAUGCUAUAACAAUUUGUACAAAUCUUUCCCGUAGGUACGGUCCGUGUCAAAUAUAUGACAGAUAUUACCAAUACAGGAUAUUAAAUCCUCCUUAAAAUCAUUAUUAGCACUAUUUUCUUGUACUAUUAUAUAAUUUAAUUUAUUUUCAUGGAUAUGUGAUAAAUAAGUAUUUAUGAGACAUUCGUUCAGUGUCUUACUAUGUAGCUAGUUUAUUACAAAUAAAUAAUAAGUUUUUAUUAUUAUUAUUAUGCAAUAUAAAUGAAACAAUUAAACAAAUAAAACUUCUUGUAAUAUACUAUAUUACCAGUAUGUGCAUUCAAUUAAGAUUGAUGUAGAAGUAUCAUAACAAUUAUACAAUUUUGUGUUUAUCUAUACAGAUGAAAUGUUUCAAAUUUAUGUAAUAAUGUCAAUAUAACGGAUAAUAUAAAUACAAUAUGCAAUGAAUGAAUUUCUAUAUAAGAAUAUUUUUAAACAUGAUUAGGAAGUUAAAUUAUUUCAAUAAUUCAUGUAAUUUCUAAUUUUAUAUUAUGCAUAUGUUAUUAUUAUUAUUAUUAUUAUUAUUAUUAUUAUUAUUAUUAUAUUUGAAUGUUGCACGCACUCUUGUAUUUCCUUCUCUGAAUAAUUUUUAUCUAUAUUACAACAGAAUUUUAUAUUGUAUCUAUUGUGCCGUAAAAAAUAAAGCCAUACAUAAUCCAAGA